AUGGCCAUGCCCACCAUGGCCUUCUCAUCGUCACCUUCCAUUCUCUCUCCACAUUGCUCAAUUCACCACCCUCUUGUUCGCUCCCACACUUCUCUCUCUUCAUUACCCAAAAUUGCUACUGUCCUCUUCAGCUUCUCAACUUUUCAAACGCUUCCAAAAUUCCCGUUGAAUAGUAACAAAAGAAUCCAAUGCGCUGAAAAAGGCUCUUCAGCUUCAAGUCUUGAUCCCAAGUCCGGAGUUUCAGUCUACAAGCCCAAGUCCUAUGAAGUUCUUGUCGCUGAUGCUGCAAAAUCGCUUGCUUAUGCUCUUGAAGAUGGAAAGACCCGCUUGGAGAUUGAUUUUCCACCCCUGCCUAGCAACAUAUCUUCUUAUAAGGGGUCUUCAGAUGACUUCAUUGAUGCCAACGUACAACUGGCCUUGGCUGUUGUAAGGAAGCUCAAAGAAAAAAGGGAAACGAGAGCUUGCAUUGUGUUUCCUGAUAAGCCAGAAAAGCGCAGGGCCUCUGAGCUGUUUAAAACAGCUAUUGACACGCUCGAUGACAUAACCAUAGGUUCCCUGGAUGAUGUCCCUGGUGGUCCAGUCACCAACUUCUUCAGAUCUAUAAGGAACACACUUGAUUUUGACUUUGAAGAUGAAAAUGAAGGUCGUUGGGCAUCCAAUGAGCCUCCCUCUCUUUAUGUAUUCAUUAAUUGUAGCACCCGUGACCUUGCUUCAAUAGAGAAGUAUGUGGAAACAUUUGCCAUUUCAACCCCAACACUUCUAUUUAAUCUUGAACUCGACACAUUGCGUGCUGACUUGGGCCUUGUGGGCUUUCCAACCAAAGAUUUGCACUAUCGCUUUCUUUCUCAAUUUAUUCCAGUGUUCUAUAUCCGAAUAAGAGAGUACUCAAAGACAGUAGCAGUAGCACCUUAUAUAGUGAAUUACAAUGGAGCAUUGUUUCGCCAAUACCCUGGGCCUUGGCAGGUAAUGCUUAAACAAGCCGAUGGUUCUUUUGCUUGCGUAGCAGAGAGUGCAACACGCUUCACUCUGGGUGAAACAAAAGAAGAACUGUUGAGGGUCCUGGGACUGCAAGAGGAACAAGGAAGCUCGCUGCAAUUUCUUCGUAGAGGCUACAGGAGCGCUACUUGGUGGGAAGAAGAUGUUGAGUUGGAAGUAUCUUCUGCUUGGCGUAAUUAA